UGUGGCCAGCUCGGGCUUGUUGGUUGGCAGGGAAGCAGUGGCAGGCCACUUAGCUGAGGUUCCCACUGGAGAGGGCACCGGACAGGAAUAUUCAUUACGCCCGUCGCUGAGCAGGGGCUCGGCCAGACGCUGUGAGCGCUCCGUGCAUGCUCUUUCAGACACAUGGCAGACCGUGAGACAGAGCUGGCACAAGGAAAGCCUCAGUUGUCCUGGAAAUGAAUAAUUUACUGAGUACCUACUUUGUGCCAUGUAUAGUUCUGGACACCAGGGAGCAACACCUAGUCUAAAGGAAGCCGCGGAGAGACCGUGCUCUGUCCACCGCACCUCCUGCAUGUCCUGCUGCCCUGAGCUGUCCCGAGCUAGGUGACAGCCUGUCACGCUGCCACCAUGAACGAGGUGUCUGUCAUCAAAGAAGGCUGGCUCCACAAGCGCGGUGAAUACAUCAAGACCUGGCGGCCCCGGUACUUCCUGCUGAAGAGCGACGGCUCCUUCAUUGGAUAUAAGGAGCGGCCCGAGGCCCCCGACCAGACCCUGCCCCCCUUAAACAACUUCUCUGUUGCAGAAUGCCAGCUGAUGAAGACCGAGAGACCGCGGCCCAACACCUUCGUCAUACGCUGCCUGCAGUGGACCACAGUCAUCGAGAGGACCUUCCAUGUAGACUCCCCGGAUGAGAGGCAAGAGUGGAUGCAGGCCAUCCAGAUGGUUGCCAACAGCCUCAAGCAGCGGGGCCCAGGUGAGGAUCCCAUGGACUACAAGUGUGGCUCCCCCAGCGACUCUUCUGCAGCCGAGGAGAUGGAAGUGGCAGUUAGCAAGGCGCGGGCCAAGGUGACCAUGAAUGACUUCGACUAUCUCAAGCUCCUGGGCAAGGGCACCUUUGGCAAAGUCAUCCUGGUGCGGGAGAAGGCCAGUGGCCGCUACUACGCCAUGAAGAUCUUGCGGAAGGAGGUUAUCAUCGCUAAGGAUGAAGUCGCCCACACGGUCACCGAGAGCCGGGUCCUCCAGAACACCAGGCACCCGUUCCUCACUGCGCUGAAGUACGCCUUCCAGACCCACGACCGCCUGUGCUUCGUGAUGGAGUACGCCAACGGUGGCGAGCUGUUCUUCCACCUGUCCCGGGAACGCGUCUUCACGGAGGAGCGGGCCCGCUUUUAUGGUGCGGAGAUCGUCUCAGCCCUGGAGUACCUGCACUCGCGGGACGUGGUGUACCGUGACAUCAAGCUGGAAAACCUCAUGCUGGACAAAGAUGGCCACAUCAAGAUCACUGACUUCGGCCUGUGCAAAGAGGGCGUCAGUGACGGGGCCACCAUGAAAACCUUCUGUGGGACCCCUGAAUACCUGGCGCCCGAGGUGCUGGAGGACAACGACUACGGCCGGGCGGUGGACUGGUGGGGGCUGGGCGUGGUCAUGUACGAGAUGAUGUGCGGCCGCCUGCCCUUCUACAACCAGGACCACGAGCGCCUCUUCGAGCUCAUCCUCAUGGAGGAGAUCCGCUUCCCGCGCACGCUCAGCCCUGAGGCCAAGUCCCUGCUUGCUGGGCUGCUUAAGAAGGACCCCAAGCAGAGGCUCGGCGGGGGGCCCAGUGAUGCCACGGAGGUCAUGGAGCACAGGUUCUUCCUCAGUAUCAACUGGCAGGACGUGGUGCAGAAGAAGCUCCUGCCACCCUUCAAACCUCAGGUCACAUCUGAGGUUGACACAAGGUACUUUGACGACGAGUUCACCGCCCAGUCCAUCACAAUCACACCCCCGGACCGCUAUGACAGCCUGGGCUUACUCGAACUGGACCAGCGGACCCACUUCCCCCAGUUCUCCUAUUCGGCCAGCAUCCGAGAGUGAGCAGAGUGAGCUGCCUGCCGCCGCUGCCACUGCCACAGGACGCACGCGCGGCUGCCGUCACCACCGGGUUGGGGGGGGGCUUUUUUUUUAAACUUUUUAUUUUGCCUUCUUUGUUUGUGUCCCCAUCCCUCACCUUCUGACCCCCAUUUCCAGUUUUUUCUUCAGCCCUCUGCCAAACUCACCUCAGUGGUCCUAGUGGCCCUGCCUACAGGAUCCUAUCCUGCCCUCACCUUUGUGCCCAGACCAGGAUUUGGGAGACUCUCCACUGCCUGCCCCAGGACCAGGCCUUUGGGCGGUUGGAGAGAUGCCGGUUUUUAAUCAACAUAAAGCCCCAGUGAGGGGUGAAGCAUGGAGCCGUGGGGCCCACCUGAAUUUCUGGCUGGGGCACCCAUGGGCAGCCCUGCCUCUGGGUUACUGCUUCUGUCAGAGGCUGCCUUGUGGUGGGCCACCCGGUGGACAGCGCCCUGGUGCUGCCUUCCCUGCCCUGUCGUUAGGCGCGGAGUGGCCUGGCGUGGGGCAAUCCAGCCUCCUUCUCCCAUGGGGGCGGAAAAGCAAUAAUGUCCAGGGAUCGGGGGUGCGGGAGUAGGCGAGGGCCUUUGGAAGCCGCAUGCAGGACUGGGGGUUCAGGACUCCCUCGUGAGGAGGGGGCCUGCUCUACCCCGUGGGGAACCGGGAGGGGGCCCAGGGGAUGGGCGCUGCCUCCUGGCCCUGUCUUCCCCCAUCCCCUAAGCUGCUCUUCUGACCCUGGGGAUGAGGCAGGAGGAGCAUCUGGGGGCUGGCUUCCCCACCCACCAGCCCUGUUCCUUACCUCCUGCUGGAGCCCGGGCCUGGCCCCGCCCCUUCUGAGGAUGGGGGCCGGGAUCUCCCCCUUCUCUCUGCCUGGGGCGGAGGGGCGCCAGCCUCGGCUGUUACACAUCUCGCACCGAGACAGUAUUGGGCCCGGUGGACUUGGGUCGAAGAGUGGGUGGGGCUGGGUGUCUGGUACGAACCGAGGUAGGGGCCUCUGAGAAGGGAGGCUCCGGGCCACCUCACUCCUUCCCCCUCUCCGGGCCCCCCCGUUCUGCAGCCUUAAGGUGAACGUGUCAGUGCUGUGGGCACUCAACGUGCGUGCCUCAGGCUGUGUGUGUCUGUGGGCGUGCCUGUGCAUCUGGGAUGCAGAUGCACGUGGGGUGUGUGUGUGUGCAUGUGUGUUCGGUAUGUGUGUGCGAGGGCAAGCGAGUCCCGGCCUCGAGUGUGCGUGCUGUGUGUGGGCUCGGGCCCCGCCCCUGGCUCAAGCAUUUCAACCCGAGGGGGAGGGGUGCUAGCCUAGCAGGGGAGCCACACCUGAGGUCCACUUGUUGCCCUGUCCCCCCUGCCCCGUUCCCCCCAGCAUCUCUGGGGUUUGGGAUUUAGUUUCUGUGGUUUUGAUCACCUCAGCCCACCUUCUGUAGGUAGGUCACAGAGAGACAUUCUGGGGUGGGGUGGGGGGUUGGUUUAGGUGGGUGGGUUCUGACUUUUCCUGUCUGUGUGUGUAUGUCCUUAACCUGACAGUUCUCCCUCCUCCCACCGGCCUGUCCGCAUCCCUCGUGUUUGUACGGUACAAGCAAUAAAGACACUCAUUUCAGCCUGGGGCCCAACCCCCGGGCCUUUCCUUGCUUCCGGAGUCUGGCCCCGGGCAGCAGCUGCCUGCGGCUCCCGUCCUUCUGGCCCCAGGGCCUGGGAGCCACGAGGAGGGGGGGAGGUGUGCACAAGCUCAGGGUGGAGGGUGGGGGCCGCUGGGCGGAAGCUGCCCAAGAGUUUGGGGAAGGCGCCUGGGCGGGGGGUACAGAGGACAGAGACCAUUGCAGUCCCUCGGAAGCUGCUUGGGAAAAAAGAGGUGGGGUGGAGAGAUGGGGGUGGAAGGGGUGCGUGGUGUCGCUGGGCCCUGGAGUGGGUGUGGGAGGGAGAGGACUCAUUUCCUGUGGCCCUUGAGCCCUGGAAGGGGGCACUGCCUGCUCACCCCAUCUUACCUGUGGCCCCCAAUUCUGAUACACAGCCCUUGGUGGAUCAAUGGGAUGUGUGGUGGCGGUCGGCUGGGAGCACCUCAGGUUGGGUUACAGCCUUCACAGCUCUGGGACGCCUCUGGCACCUGUCCCUUUAAUCCUGGAGUCACCAUGCUUGAGUCACUCCUCUCAGACCCCAGGGCCAGGGCUGCCCGGCACAGGUGAAUUUAACGUCAGAUUUUGCCGGAAGGUGUAGGCCUUCACACACACGGAGGCUUUGAGAUUGUAAAUGGGGGUAGAGGAAAAGUCAGAUGCUACAACCAAGACUCAAGGCAUUUUUUUUUGUUUUCUAACUUCAUAUGGACUUUAUUAUGAAUUGAGUUACAAAAGUAUGUCCUGGUGGUCAUAUGAUAAACGUCAGAGAGGCUUAUGAAGAAAAGCCUUUUAAAAGCAACUAUACUCCAAUAAAAAUUAAUUGAAAAGAAAAGCCUUUUACUCUUCCCUCUUGUCCAGCCCCUGGAGGUGGCCGGUGCUAGAUUUUCUUGUCACACCACACUGUCACUCAGACCUUCGUGUGGGUCCACCCCCGUAUCUACCUCAGCCAGUUAGUGGUUGUCUUAACAGUCCACGGAGGCCUCGCACGGGUUCCUCAGCUGCUGCCCUCAGUUGAAUGUAUAUCUGUAGCUGUAGUGGUGCUUCUGUUUUCGGUAGGAGAACUUUUCCCAAAUAGGGAGUUUUAGAGGGGAGUGUUUUAAUAAAUUUUACCAAUUAGGAAAAUUAAAUUUUGACUAGAUCUGUCUUUUGUCAUGUGCAUUUAGACAGUUUCACAAGUUUUGUGAAAGGAGGAGGAAACUCAAAACCGCCCCCAGGCCUUGAGUGGGUCAUUCUGGUCCUCAUGUUACCCCUGUGCCAGUGGACACAGUGCCGUGAAAGGCUGUCCCUCUGUCUGCAUAACUCUUUCCUCCCAGCUGAGGUCGUCAAGCUGCUGGGCUCUAUACUGCUGCAUCUUCCCCCUCCCUGCCCCCGCCAGCAUAUGUACAUCAGUAGGCUUGCUGGGUCAUUGGUAGGAAUGAGAUCCUCCUCUCUGAGCCACCCUUCUGCAUUUGGGGGGCUCCUCGUGGACACUUGUCAUGCCUCCAGCCGCUUCACGAGCUUUCUCUGCUUUCUCGGCUUGGAUGUGCCUCAACUGACUCAGCUGCCCCCUGUCGACAAGAAUUCACUUGGCUCCCAGUUUGUUUGCUGCCACCAGCAGUGCUGUAAUAAACCUUUGACAGUGUAACAAUCCAUCUUAGCGCGCUUGUGCUUUUUAAGUUUUUGUGGCCUGCAUUCUAGAGUUGCUGUAUUUUAAUACAUGCCAGAUAGCUUUCCCCCAAAGUGUAGCGAUUCACAUAUUUUUAACUUUAAUUUUGAGAUAAUUGCAGACUCGUUGAAAACUUUGAAACUUUAAAAAUAGUACCACAGUGAUUCUAGGACUGGAGCAGAAAAUGUACAAGAUGAACCCGAACAUCUUGUGCCCGGACCUACUAGAACCAAACCAUACCCUCGCUGACGGGGCGUUGAAGGGACACAGGAGCCAAUGGGAAAGAGCCCCCAGUGGCCACAGCUGAAAGCAAUUUGAGCGACAAUAAAUAGCAUAGUAUUGGGUUAUACCCAAGGGGUAAAAUAAAUGAGUCUGUGCUGCUAUAAAUGACAAAUGGUGAGAACAGACAUAUCUGUACGGAAUUCCAGAUAAUACCUGUAAAUAGUCUGCCUUCAAAGAGGGGAAACAUGGCCCCCACUCCUUUGGUAUGGACUGCAAAGUGACUUGCUUCCAAAGAGUACAGUAUGGAAAGGGGGGAAGGCAACUGUUUAGUGGAGAAAGUGGAGCUGCAUCAGGCAGGUGGUCAAGGUCAACGUCAAGUGGUGAAUCAUGUCGGCAAUGUGUACCUCCUAAGGGAGGCGAUUAGAUGAUACUUUACCUCUGGGGUCUUCCUGAAACAUACGCUCUCAGUCUAACAAAGAGAAAACACGCAUCAGGAAAAUUCCAGCUGAGGGAUGUUCUGCACAAGACCCGACCACUGGUUCUCAGAACUGUCAAGGUGGUUCAAAACAAGGAGAACCUGAGAAGCUGUCACAGCCGAGAGAAGCCUUAGGAAGCAUGAAGACUAAAUGUAGUGUCCUGAAUGGGGUCCUGGGACAGAGAAGGCAUUAGGUAAAAAGUCAGGAAAUGUGAAUAGUGCGUGGACUUGAAUAAUACUAUGUCCCUAUUGGUUCAUUAAAUUGUGACAAGCCCACACUAAAAUGUUAAUAGGGGAAACUGGGUCUGGGUAUAUGGGGACUCUGUCCUCUCUUUGCAACUUUCCAUAAAUCUCCAAAAUUAAUUUUUAAAAAGUACGAAAAAUUUUCAUCUACCCUUCACGCAGGUUCUCCGGGAUAUGCUACACUGAUUUUAUCCCCCCCGCCCCGAUAUUUAUGUAUCUGUCCCCAAACAAGACCAUUCUCUUACAUGAUCACGGUCCAAUUAUCAAGGUCUGGAAAUUAACAUUGAUACAAUGCUUUUCUCUUGGACCUUGAUCAGAUUUUACUGAUAGUCACAUUAAUGUCCCCAAAUACAAAAGAAAAGUCCUGGCUAAUGACUCAGUCCGGGCUCACACGUUGCAUUCAGUUGUCUGGUUUGAAGCUUACAGGGCAGUUAUUUUGCAGAAUGCUCCUCAGAGUUUGUUGCCUGAUGUUUCCUUGUGGUUAUAUGUAAGCUGUUUUUGAAAGGAAUUCCCCCAAAUGAGAUGCCCCUCUCAGUGCAUCCUAUCAGGAGGCACAUGAGGUGAUCUGUCCUAUUCCUGGUGAUGACUUUGAUUCCUUGGUUAAGGUGGCGUCUGUCAGAUUUCUCCUCUGUAAAGUUACUACUUUCCCUUUGUAGUUAUUUCGUACAGGCAUAUUUCAUUGUGUUUUGCUUUAUUGCACUUGGCAGAUACGGCAUGUUUUACAAAUUGAAGGUUUGUGGCAACCCUGUAUUGUCAGAUGAUGGUUAGCGUGUUUUUGUUUUUCUUUUGUUUUGUGUGUGUGUGAUUUUUUUCAAUAAAGCAUUUUAAAAUGAAGGUA